AUGAAAACCCUGUACGCAACCACAAGCAUUGCGUGCAUAAUCUCAUUAGCGGGCGUUAUGCUUGGGAUGGACAUAUCUUCUCUGGCGACCUUUUUGGGUUCGUUUUAUUUCAACAAGUAUUUGGGCUUCCCAGGGCCAUUAGAGCAAGGACUGAUGACUAGCGCAAAUCCAAUAGGAGGGUUUAUUGGAUGCGUUUUCUUUGGGGUCGCAUCAGAAAGAUUAAGCCGAAUCCAAGCCUUUCAGGCCUUCUCUCUCGUUUGGAUUAUGGGCUGCAUCAUCUCUGUUGCUGUUGUCAAUGUGUGGAUGGUAGUUGCAGGAAGGGCGAUCCGGGGAGCCGCUAUAGGUGGGUUGUCGGUUUUGAUUCCGACGUAUAUUGGUGAAGUGGUACCACUCAACAAAAAGGGAUUGGUCACGUCGGUGGUUCAGCUCUCCGUAACAGUGGCAGUACUUUUCAUGUUUUUUGUGUGUUUCCUGCUUAAUCUGCUAGAAAAACCACUUUCGUUCAGGGUUGCAUGGGGUCUUGAAAUGGCACCGGCAAUCCUACUAUUUGGCUUUAGUAACCUUCUGUCGGAGUCACCUCGGUGGUUGGCAAUCCACGGAUACUAUGACAAAGCUCAGGAGAAAAUGCGUAAAUUGGCGCUCUUUAAUUCUGGAGAAGAAGGGGACACGAUGGACUUUAAUAAAAUCGAUGUACUAGAUUUUUUGGUGCCCGCUACUCCAAUUUCUUAUUUUCAGUUGUCAAGAAGAGGCUUGAGGAAGCAUAUCUCGAUCGGCAUCACCCUACAAAUACUCGUGCAAGUAUGCGGCAUGAACACUUUGAUGUUUUAUGCCGUAUAUAUUUGUGACAUGAUAGGUCUCCAGGGUAAUUCAAAACUUAUUGCUGCCGCUGUACCAUAUUCCGUGAACGUUGUUUUCACGUUUGUUCCGAUACUUUUAUUGGACAAGUUGAAGAGAAGGGAUAUUCUUAUCCCUGGUUCAUUUAUUUUGGCAAUAUUAAUGCUUGUGAUUGGAUGUAUUAUGGGACAAUAUGGUCGUGAUUCAGAGCCUAUUGGUGGAAAUACUGCCGUCGUCUGGACGGUAACGGGUACCCCUGGGCUUCUUGUGCUAUUACUUUGUUUCGCGUUCGUUGGCGUAUUUUCUGCAACUUUGUCCUGCUGCGCAUGGCUUUAUACUAAUGAGAUCUUGCCCGCUAGGGCUAAAGCGAAAGGGAUGGUAGUGGCUAUGUCAGUAAGCUGGAUGUUAAAUGCUACUCUAACUUUCAUAACUCCGUUUUUCCUAAGCAAAAUCAAGUGGGUCACAUUUGUAAUUUUGGGAAGCUGCACAUUUUUUUUGGCCAUGAUCGUGGCACUAGUCUUUCCAGAAACAUACGGGCUGGCAGAGUCAGAAAUUGAAAACUUGUUCAAUAAGAGCACGUUUUCGGCCAAGGCGGAAGAUAGUAACCUGGACACUGGGUGCAUUGUACGCUCUUGUGCUCCAUCGCCCGCCAUUCAUUUAAAGGCAAUGGAGCCAGACUCUAAUACUGAACCGCAAACAAGCGAACAUCAUGAGGUUAAAGUAAAAGUAACAGUAUAA